CACAUAUAUGUAUCUAUACUGAGUCGAGAGAAAAACAGAGAGAGAAAAUCAAGGAAGAGAGUUUGAAAUUUCAACAUAGGAAAAAUCAGAGAGAUGAAAUCGGGUCGAUGUUUUUCUAUUAAUUUUCCUAAUUUCAGAAACGAUUAUAUUAUUCAAUAUUCAAAUUUUCUUCGUCGUCUUCUUCUUCUAGUUUCAUGGCUGUUCUGCUUCUCGAUAAUCGGAACCAAGGCGUUCGAGGUCACCACCAUUAAUUUCGACGACGGCCUCUCGCCGCUCUUCGGCGACAGCAAUCUCGUUCGCUCUCCCGAUGCCAGAAGCGUCCGUCUCCUCCUCGAUCGAUUCACCGGUUCUGGAUUUAUUUCGUCGAGCAUGUAUCAUCAUGGGCUUUUCAGUGCCAUGAUCAAGCUGCCCUCUGAUUAUACCGCCGGUAUCGUUGUUGCGUUUUAUACGUCAAAUGGAGAUGUAUUUGAGAAGACACACGACGAGUUAGACUUUGAAUUUUUAGGAAAUAUAGAAGGAAAGCCGUGGAGAUUCCAAACGAACUUGUAUGGAAAUGGAAGUGUUUCGAGGGGAAGAGAAGAGAGAUACCGGCUUUGGUUUGAUCCUUCUAAAGAGUUCCAUCGGUAUAGCAUUCUUUGGACGGUCAAGAACAUCAUAUUUUAUGUAGACAAUGUUCCAAUUAGAGAAGUUGUCCGCAAUGAGGCAAUGGGUGCUGAUUAUCCAUUAAAGCCAAUGUCCUUGUAUGCAACAAUUUGGGAUGCCUCAAGUUGGGCAACCUCAGGUGGAAGAUACAAAGUUAAUUACAAAUAUGCCCCAUUUGUUUCUGAAUUUAAAGAUUUCUCCCUGGAAGGUUGCCCGGUCGAUUCGAACAUUCAAGAAUUACCCAAUUCUUUUUCGAAUUGUUCAGAAAGUGAUAUUUUUCUCGAGAACCAGGAUUACUCUGUGAUUACCUCAAAGCAAAGAUCCGCAAUGCAUAGGUUUCGUCAACGUUAUAUGUAUUAUUCAUAUUGUUACGAUACAUUAAGAUAUCCUGUACCUCCACCGGAAUGUAUGAUUAUUUCGGCUGAAAAAGAUAGAUUUAAAGACACUGGUAGAUUGAAGUUUGGAGGAAGUAAUAAAAUUAACAAGCUCGGUAGGCAAAAACGUCGGGGUAGACGUCGAGGUAAAAGUCCUAUUAUUACUAGUGAUCCAAACGCAUAAUAUUGUACAAUGAUUUCUUUAUGAAUUUUAAUAAAGAAUUCAUUAUUUGUUAUAA